UCACUUUCACUUUCCCCUUCGUUCUCUGUUUAUCUUGUCAAUCUAUAUUCUGUGUUUCUUUUCAUGGUAUCGGAGCUAGGUUGUGUUUUACUGUCAAGAUGUCUUCAACUUCAGGUUCAACUGAGGCUUCAUUGGUUGCUACAAGCGCAACAUCCGUCAAUCCAUAUGAUGAUCCGUUUCAUCUUUCAACAAGUGAUUAUGCUACCAGUCAACUAAUCUCUUUGAAUCUCACUAAUGAAAAUUAUCACAUAUGGAGUAGUACAAUACUAACAGCAUUGGAAGGAAGAAACAAGCAAGGACUAGUUGAUGACACUAUCAAAGCCCCAGAUGUUUCAGAUUCAAAGUAUGCCUCUUGGAGAAGAUGUAACAGUGUUGUUAUUACCUGGCUACGAAAUUGCAUGGAUUCAAAGAUUGCAGCUAGUCUAUCUAAGGUUGCCACUGCACGAGAUUUGUGGGUUGAGCUGGAGCACAGGUACUCACCCUCUAAUGCACCCCGAAUUUAUGAAUUAAAAAAGGAAAUUGCAUCAAUUUCUCAGGGCAUUCUCUCAGUAACUGAUUAUUAUACAAGAAUUAAAGCAUUUUGGGAUGAGUUGUACCAUUAUCGUCCUCUCCCAACUGUUAGUACUGAAGCUAUGGAAAUCCUAUUAAGUUAUCAGCAUCAAGAUUGUGUGAUGCAAUUUCUUAUGGGAUUGAAUGAUACGUAUGCGCAUGUGCGAAGUCAAAUCCUCUUGAUGGAUCCAUUGCCUCCUAUAAACAAGGUUUAUUCUCUGGUUCUCCAAGAAGAAAGACAGCGUGCUAUAACCUCUGCAGUACCAACCUUUUCUGAACCAUCUGCAAUGGCAGUAAAAACUCAAUCUUUUGCUGAACAAAGAAAAUUCAACAGAGCCACUAACAAUACUAAGGAAGGGUUGUUUUGCACUCAUUGUAAACGACAAGGGCACGUUGUUGACCGCUGCUAUAAACUUCAUGGUUUUCCUUCGAAUCUUCAAAGAAGGCAAAAGGGUUUUUCAAAUCCCAACUUGGCACAAAAUGCUCGGUCUUCAAUCAAUGAAGUUGAAGCUGGAAUAACUCAGUCUGCUAAUUCUGUUUCCAGCCUCCAACUUACUCCAGAACAAUGUCAGCAAUUAAUGGCAUUUUUGCAGCUGCAAAGUCACUCUGGAAACUCUUCUGUUUCAGGAAAUCAAACAGGUAGUGAUGCUCAGAAUCCUCCAAAUCAAAAUAUGUCAUCAGUUUCAGCCAUGGCAGGACCCAGUCACCUUGAAGAUGACUGGAAUGGGAACUAUGCAUAAUUGGCUGUAUUUUUUGAACAAAUCAGUGCUUGGUCCUCAAGAACAUUGGUCUUUUGCUUCCUUGGUUGACAAAUCUGAAUUUUGGCACCAAAGAUUAGGACAUCCAUCUCCUUCUGUUGUGUCUCUUUUGCCCGAAGG